UUAAAAUCAGGUGUUUCUUAGCGCCGAUCCACAGUCCACUUGCGACAUCCGCGCGGAACGACCGCCACGAUACGUCCAUAAUAUUUUACCGCGCGAAUUCGAAUUUAGAAAUAAAAAAGUGACGUUUAAUAUUUGUUUAUAAUUUUUUUUGAGCAAUUUAAAUUUUUAUUCUGUGAUUUUUUUUUGGGUUGAACAAAAUGGGUAGCUAAUUUCCUUUUGGCAAAAGUUUUUUAAUUCGUUUUGAACUAGUGUUUUGAGGACUUUAGAAAGAAGAUUUUUGCAUUUUCUUGGUCUCUUAGGCUGUGUUAGUAUUAAGUUGUCGUCAUGGCUUACACAUUACCAAUCACGCUUCUGUUCUGUGGGGCAGUGGGGUUAGUGCUCGCGUACUCCGGGCCGGACCUACCGCCCGGCCCGUACUGCGGCCGCACUGGACAGUGCUGCCAAGACAGGCAGGAUAGCUGCUCACAUAGGAUUCUAGAUAGCAAAUGUUACUGCGACCAGUUCUGCAACAGGACACAGGGCCACGACGACUGUUGCCCUGACUACCCUCAGGUCUGUCUUGGAGAAACUCCACCCCCUGAGAAGAAUACUAUGGGCUGCAGAUACGGACGCAACAUCUAUGUGCCUGGAGACACUGUUAACCAAGACUGCCAUGUCUGUGAAUGCACGGUGGCCCCUAGCGGUGGAAGCGAGUGGAAGUGUGACGAGGAUCCUUGCAUGAUCAGUGACGAGGUGCUGAGGAACGUGAGGGCAGCCGGCCUCUCCUGGAGAGCUGCCAACUACAGCCAGUUCCAGGGCAAGAAGCUUAAGGAUGGACUGAUUUAUAAACUUGGAACCCUACCGCUGAGCCGCGAGACCGCCCGCCUGGGCCCCAUCAUCUACGACAAGGACAUUCCCUACCCCCCACAGUUCGACGCUAGGCAGCACUGGAAGAACUACAUCUCCCCUGUGGUAGACCAGGGCUGGUGUGGAUCUGAUUGGGCCGUGUCGCUAGCUACUAUUGUUUCUGAUAGAUUUGCGAUCCAAUCGAAUGGAGCUGAGAAAGUGAUCCUGAGUCCUCAAACUCUGCUGUCGUGCAACAGGAAGCAGCAGCAAGGAUGCCGCGGUGGUAACAUUGACACCGCCUGGAUCUUCGCCAAGAACCAUGGCCUGGUCGACGAAGACUGCUUCCCCUACAAAGCCAAGUUCACUGAAUGCCCGUUCAGGAAGCGUGGCAACCUCCUUACCGACCGUUGCGUGCCCGUCAUCCCGCAGCGUACUUCCAGAUACAAGGUCGGACCCCCCGGCAGGCUGGUGAAGGAAAACGACAUCAUGUUCGACAUCAUGCAGUCUGGACCCGUGCAAGCUGUCAUGACGGUCUACCAAGACUUCUUCCAUUACCAAGACGGUGUGUACCGCCGCUCUCGCUUCGGUAACAAUGAGCUGAAGGGACUGCACAGCGUCAGGAUCGUCGGCUGGGGCGAGGACAACCAGGACAAAUACUGGAUUGUCGCCAACAGCUGGGGCACGGCUUGGGGUGAAGACGGUUACUUCCGCAUCGCGAGAGGCGAGAACGAAUCAGGCAUUGAAUCCUUCGUAGUGACCGUCCUGAGUGACGUCACGGAGGCUUACCUGCGCAAAUAACAUCCGACCCAUCUAGUAACUCCUAUCUGUGUGACCACUAGAAUAGUGAACACUAAAUGGGGUAUCUUAUUACUGAACAGUACUAAGAAUUUUGGUCAGCGAAGAUAAUUUUCAGGAAUUGGUAGUUUUUCCGGAGUCGUAUUAUUCCUAGGGCAAGCUAGGCAAGUGCUUAACACAUUAGACGCCAUGUCGGACAACGUUGUCCGACACUAGUGGAGGAAUAGCCUUUAACAGUUUUUUGUUGGCAGUGAAAGGCUUAAGCGCCAGGUUACAGAAGGGUGUCACAAGACGUGAGUGCCUAACUGUGCAGUGGCGAUAGGGCAAAAAUAAAUAGGGCGCCUAUGAAGUAAGUACUUGUCUAGGGUGCUUUUUAGGUUUAAUCUGUCUCUGAUUACUUUUAUGUAAUUUUGGAAAUAUUUGGUAUUUUAUUUUAAAUAAACAGUGUAUAAGAUCAGUAUUUUUCAUUGCGUAUAAUAAGGUAGUGUUGACAUUAUUUUCGCUAAUCAAAAUCUUGUAUUAAAAUCAUGUAAGACCGCGAUUAAAUUAUUUAGUGUACGAUCUCCGACCGAUUAGGUAUUAAGAGAUUAAUAUUAUAUUUUUUUAUAUAAUUAAUCUUAAAUAUUACGACUAUAGGCGUUGUCACUAUUGUAUUAACACAUAUCGAUUGUAAAAACGUAAGAAAAAAAAGGAAGGAAAUGGUAGCAAAAUAAUAUUUUUUUUCCUAUGGCAACAUUCGAGUGUCAAAAUCCCCGUGGGGCCAGUGUUGUCACGUAAUUGACUUGCACUUAUUAAUACCAGCACAAAAUAUAAAACGAAAAAAAAGAAAAUCCAAAAAAAUAAUGCUUUUAUUUUCAUAUUAUUAUAUUCAUAUUUAUUGUACAGUAAUUCAUUUUUUGUGAAUCUUUACUGCCAUUUUAAAGUGGUUUAUUUAAGUUACUUAAGGAAAUCUAACUAGUCUUAGGCACAUUUAAACUUUUAGAAUAAGUUGAACAUCUCAAUAUAUGCUUAUAGACAAUAACUGUUAGAGUAGCGAUAACGUUAUUUUAAAUAGCAGUUUUUAUAUCUACGUUAUUUUUAGAUAGAUCUUUAGAGCGUGGAUAUGAGAGGGCAAUAACUCACUUCUCAGUUGUCAUAGUAAAAAUUAUUGAUAAAACAUUAAUUAUUUACAAAAAAACUACAGUUUUUUGAUAAAUUCAACAAAUAUAGUAUUUUUUCUAUACACAAUACGUAUGAAAUAGUUUUUUUUUUAAGAAAAACACAAUAUACAAUAGAUGUUCCUCAUAUAUCCACGCUUUAGGAAUGUAAGUUAUAAGGAACGAUAGCAAAGUACAUAGUAAGAAGCUGUUUUUAAUAGUUUACUGUGCACCAAAAUGUCUACCAUAAUUAUAAUAGAUUUUAAAGCUGCUAAAAGCUGGAUAGGCCACGUUGUUUCACGAAAUGUUACUUUAUAUCAAUCAAUUAAACAUUAUUUUUCUUUAACAAGACCAAAGCUCGUAAAUAUUAUAUCUCACUUUAAUGUACGGAGUUUUCGAAAGAUAGAAAUAGACAGAUAUAUGAAACAAUGUGGUCUUUUUAACUUAAUUUGCUACCAAUAAUAUGUUUGACAUUAAAAUCUAUCAAUAAAAUAAAUAUACAUAUAAAGUCUUUAUUAUAAACGUACAACAUUAUUCAUAAAAAUAUUUCAAUGGAAAAUGGGCCAAGCGUAAGCAACUCCAUCUACAUUUUGUUCUUUAAACUACUAUCAGUUGCCAGUGGCUCUAGCCUUAUAACGAGUAAAUAGAAUUGUUAUCAAUAUGUUUAAGUAAAAUAUAAUAUUUAUUAUUAAAUAGAACUUACGAUUUAUGUAAUUUAAGUUUAAAAUAAAUAAAGUUUCAAUA